UUAUAUCCUGGUAAAUGUGACUUUAAGUAACAUCGCAAGCUUUUAGACCAGUACCAGAAAUAAUGCUGACGACGACAUUUCUUUGAAAUGUCUGAUAGAGAACCUCGUGACUUUGCAGUGAACAUUCACGACGAUGAUGAAGAUCCAAAAGAUAUGAUGAUCAAAAUAGAUAGCUCGGAAAACUCACCCAAAUCAAAGUGUUGUUUUUGUAGGAUUCAUUCAAUUAUAUCGAGGUUGAUUUCAGGCGUAAAGCUGUGGCUAUUGACCCGAGUUUUCAACAGAAUCGUGGGAGAUGAUCAUAGACAUCAAGUGGAAACAACACGAAGUAAAUACAGACCCCUACAGCAAUUUGAUGAAGAGGAGCUAAAAGAAGAAUGGCACAGCCUAAAGGCCAGACUCUCAGAUAGCGAAAUCGAUGUUAAAAGACUAGAAACCGAAGUUAAAAGACUGGAAACCAAAUUUGCUGAAAAAGAAGUUCACUUGAAAAAUGUGGAAAAGGCCCUUGAGGACGAAAGAAGAGAAAAGAGCACAGCUACUUUGAAAUUAAAACAAGAAAGACAAGAGAAAGAAAAUGCACUUAAAAGUCUUGAAGAAGAAAGACUGGAAAAGGAGAGAGCACUUACAAGAUUAAGUGCUGUUGCUGGUGAUAAGCUCAGGUUAAACAAUCCUGGUAUAGCUGAUUUAUCUGACGAAAAUCGCCCCAACAAACUAGCAGAAAAGUUCAGCGAACUGUACGACAAUGAAUGGACUGAAGUAUUCGAAGCUUUAGAGUUAGAAAACUUUGAAGAAGAAAAAAUAAUUGAAAUGCUUCUUGAAUUAUUGAAGGAAAUUUACAACAGCUGCCUGAGAAUUGCUAGGAAUCAGAGAGAAAGCCUGAUAGAAGCCAUUGCAAAACCAUCCAAAUCUGAAGUGCAGUUAGAGGCUUCACCUGAAGGAAUGUUGUCAAAGGUGAUCGAUCUUCAGAAACAGACAGCUGCAGUCGCUUUCUCAGAUGUGAAGAAAACGAUUUUUCAUAUGAAAACCAUGUCCCAAUUUACAGACCACAAAGUUAAGCAAAAAUACAUGGAGCGCUGUGUACAGUUGUGUUGGAUGAUGUCUAUCCAAGAUCCACCAAUGAUGCUAGAUUUUGGUCCAGCACAAGACGAAGAAGUCGAUAAGAAUAUCUUCAGAAUGUACACGAAACAAGGAGACAGAGUAGAUUUCAUUGUCUGGCCAGCAGUGUUUCUUCACGAAAAUGGACCCUUGGUUCAGAAAGGUGUCCUUCAACCAAAGUGAUGAAUGAGACUAGUUUGUGUACCGAUCAUAUUGACCGACGUCUACAUAUUUUAACUGAAUGAAAACAGACUACUACAAUCUGAUUAAAUAUCUUACAUGUAUCAGCAGCUUUUCCUAUCUUGCUAUCAUUUUAGAAUGGCAUUUUUCAUGUUUCAAAAUGAAAAUAAUAAUUUAAUUAUAAUGUCUUUUAUACAGGCACCAUCAGGCAUAUUGCGAAGAUUCAGUUUUUUAAACUUGUAGUCCCAGCUGAUUAAAAAUGAGGAUGAAAUAAUAUAUUCAAAAUUGAAAGAAAAGAUUUUUUCAGAACAAUGAAGCUAAAACUAGUAAAAGUAAAUUGUGAAAAUUUCAUUUUAGUACAAAUCAUCCCCACUCAGACACAGAUGGUGCAUAAAAUAAUUUAAAAUUCCUUUAAGGUCAAAAUCUAGUAAAUGAAAAGAGCCUACAGAUUUCUCAAACUUGAGAAAUAAAUUCCUUUUAUGAUGUUUUAUAACUAGAGCUCGGUCAAAUAAGGUGUAUCGGGGCAUAAUUUGUAGGAAAACAAGACGAAAAAUUAUUUUGUAAACCGUCAUUUUCAAUGAAAAAUUAAGAAAGCCAGUCAUGAAUAUGGGAGUUUUUUCCAUAUCAGACAAAGGAAAUGUAUCCAGAUUGCCUACAGUCUCUCAGAAAACGGUAAUUCGUAUAUUCUUAGCCUCUUCUUUAAAAUAAUGUAAAAUUGAAUAUAGGUAUCGGGAUUACUUUUUCACAUGAUUUUAAAUUAAUUGCUAUGAAAAUUCUUUAUUUUCUUCAUAAUUCUAUUUGGGCUGUAAAGUACGGGAAAAGGAAAGUUUAAAUUGUUUAUGACGUCAUAAUGGAUCUAGCACCAAAAAGACAGUCUAAAGUCAUUUACUAGAUCUUGACCUUAAGCUGUAUGUUACUUUCAUUUUGCUCUCAGUAUAUAGGGUGAGUUAACCAUGCAUCGGACACAUACCUUGCUUCGGACAACUUCAAGCAAUAAACUUUCAUUGAACCUGA